AUGGCGAAAGUUCGUGAAAUACCUUUCGGAACAUAUGAUCUGAAAUUCGGCAAAUCAUUUCAUGAACGGGGAGAAAAGCCUGUUUAUCACACGCUUCGAUUUGAUUUCAAGCCCAAAUCGUUGGCAGGUGAGAAGGAAACAUUCAUAGCAUUUGGUGGAAAUGGUGAUGUACAGGUAGCAGUACCAGGUGAAGGAGAUGCUUUAACAGUGUUUAAAGGAGCACAAAAGAUGGUGAAAGGCGAGAAAGAGUGUUUGCUGUUUUUCGACCAUUCGACCGGUGAAAUGAGGAUUGAAAAGCUUUCAUCUAUAAUGUCUGUGAAGAAAACAAGAGGUAACGAAGAUAGCGUCUGUGUAAGAUUACGAUCCGAAAUUGAACGAUUACGAAAAGGAAGCGAAGAAAAAUCAGACGGUGAAAUGGAUGAUACUAAGAGUUCAAGCGGUUCUUCAACGGUUGCAUCAUCUGAAUCAGGUGAUUCCGAUUCAGAAUGUAAUGAUGGAUAUAAGAAAGCAGCAUCGAUAGUAUCAAAAGGCAUGCGCAGCAGUGAUGAUUCUAGAAGCAGGAGUAGAGAUACUGAAGAUGAUGAUGAUUUACAAGAAGCGUUGGAACAGCAGCUUCGUUCACAAUCGAUGCCUUCAAUCGAAGAAAUGAAACAUACACAAGUCAAAUCGUAUCCACCACCACCGCUUCCCGUUAAUAGUAAUGCAAAGAAAUUAUUGCAUGAUGAUUUACAGCUAAGUGAAAGUUCGGAUGAAGAUUAA